AUGAGCGAAGUAGAGAUAGCUGGGGUGCCGGGGCGGCAUGCUGAUAAUAAUUUAGUUUCAGGGAUGUGCAGUGCUGGUGAUAUGAUUGACCAGCGAUUGUUGAUGAAACAGCUCAAAAAUCAAGGUGUUUUCAAGCUGGGCAAAUUCACGCUGAAAAGUGGCCAGAUCACGCCGAUUUAUGUUGACCUCCGUGGAAUAUUUCUGGACCUGAAUGUUGCAUAUUGCUUGCAGAAAUUGACGGCCGAAUGCCUAUGCGAUUUGAUCAAAACGAAGGAUCUGGAAUACGAUUAUAUUCUGAUUGCUCAUCGUUUGGGCAAACCGAUGUUACUGCGUCGCAAAGAAAAAUUGACGGCCGAAUGCCUAUGCGAUUUGAUCAAAACGAAGGAUCUGGAAUACGAUUAUAUUCUGAUUGCUCAUCGCCUGGGCAAACCGAUGUUACUGCGUCGCAAAGAAGUGAAAUCGUAUGGCACGAAGAAGAUUAUCGAGGGAAAUUAUGAGAUUGGUAAACGGGCUUUGAUCAUCGAAGAUGUCGUCACAUCAGCGAAUUGA